AUGGCAGAAGCAUCUCGCGCGCAGUUGAGCGCCCCCCCACUCCCGCAGGAUGGCGCCUUCAUCCUCCGCAAGCUGGUGUCCAACCUGCCGCUAUCCGCUGACGACCAGUCGAACGACGUGCGCAUAACAUGUGUCGAAGUAUGGGAUAAUAACCUCUAUGUGGGCACCUCUGCUGCAGAGGUCCUUCACUUCGUCCUCCUCCCCGCCGAGUCCAACGAUCUCGCUGAAGAGCCAACAGCUAUAAUUGCUUCCCGGCUCGAGCCUACAUUCAAUCAAGCGAGCGAUGCCGGCGUCCAGCAGAUCCUCCUCUUACCGCAAGUCAAUAAGGCCUGCAUACGAUGCAAUAAUUACCUGAGCUUCUACACGCUACCCGAACUAAGCCCCGACUCCAAUGCGAAGCCGUUCUCGUCCUCAUGGAUUGGCGGCCUGGAUAUGAAUGCGGAAGAUGAGAAUGAAGGCGCUGUGGUCAUGGUGGGGCAGAAGAGCAAGACGCGGCUGGUCCGAAUCACAGAAGAUGGUGCUCCUCGAGCUCUUAAGACGAUAGAGUACGGAGGCUGUGUCACAUCUGUCCGGCGAGAUGCAUUUUCCUGUGCGGCUGACUCUCAUUCGUAUGCUCUGCUUGAUGUGGAAAACGCGCAAAAGAUCGGCCUGUUUCCUAUAUCAUCGCUGGAUCCGGAUGCGGGCGACGUAGGGGGUGCCGCCGAAGACAUCACUGCGACGCUGCAGCCGCCUUCGAGGAGUGUUUCAUCUGCAGGUAAUCAUCCACGCGGAUCGCAAGAAGAACCGAGAGGCCAUUCCAGGAGCACAAGCUUAGGUAUAUUCAGUACCGCUGGUCCCGGUUCGCGCACCGAAAGCCCACGCGCACCUGCACAGAGAUAUGGCUUCGACGUGCCUGAGUCUCUAUCUAGCAAUAUGUCGCCUGCCCCGGCUCCAUCCCCAGGCCGGUCGCCUUCCAGAGGUCUCCCGGAUAGAACAUCAAGCUUGCCCAGAUCUGGUGCCACCUCGCCGGACAAACCUCUACCUCCACCUCCUGCGACAGAAGAGACUGCCCAAGUGGAAGAGACGUCGGAAACGCUUCCUGAUUUCGUCCCUUUGAAACCACUCAUCGCAUCGCCAACACCAAGCGAAUUUCUUUUGACUGUAGGCACCACGUCCACCGACCCGGGAGUCGGCAUGUUCGUCAACUUAGACGGAGACAUGUCUCGCGGUAGCAUAACAUUUGCCAGCUAUCCCGACGCCCUUGUCGUAGAUGGUUCAGGAUUCGACCUGUCUAUGUCCAUGGGACCGGACAUGGAUGCAGAAGAAGGCUAUGUUUUAGCAGUUGUGCAUACUGAUGAAGAUGGCCAACUCACAUAUGGCGUGGAGAUUCAGAGGUGGGACCUGGAUGCUGCUGAAGCAGAAGCCUCGAAGGAAUGGCUAGACUUACGAGUGCUUGGCAAUACCGUAUCGAAGAAUCAGAUCGACAUGCCUCUAGGAAUGCGAACAGUCGUGCAGCCAGUGGAUUUGACGCUUUCGGAGAUUGGCGCUAAACUCAUGGUCAAACGAUUGCCAUCGCCAUCCUCUCUCUCAACAGCGUCCCCGGAGACCAACAAAGCGAAGGUUGCGCAAGAGAAGGCCGAUGUUGAGUUCACAGAGCGAUUGUCGAAGUUGCAAACCAAGAUUGUGCUGUGGGCUGGUGACCAGAUAUGGUGGGCUGUGCGAAGCCCUCUGGUCAUCAGGUUGGACUCUCGAUUGGAAGAGGCACAGUUCACCAGCAUUGGGGAUCCUGGGCACAUUCAACCGAAUAGACGCCUACUUGAGACGAUACUUGGUGAUAUACGAGGGCAAGAUCCGCGCAAUGAGUCAGAAUACCUCAGUCUCAUCUACAUUCGGCAGAAAGCUUCGGUGUUACUCUUCAUGGAAAUAAUACUGCGGACUCGAGACAACAUCAUCGUGUUCGAGAAUGAGAAGCGCAUCACCGAGCAAGCAUUAAUAGAGGGGGAGAUUGACCCUAGAAUCGUUCUUUCGAUAUUACCGAUACUAAACGAAGAGGUUGUUCAGGGAGCAGAAGGCAUUCAGAUAUCCGGUGGCAUCACAACUCUGAUCGAGCAAUUCUUGGAACAGAACAAGCUUUCUGCAAUGCCAGCUGACGUCAAAGGACCUUUUGGUGAUAAUCUACUUCAAGUCGUGAAGAAGUACUUGUCUUUCUGGAAAAAGCAGAAAGGUAUGGCAAGCGUCACAAACGACCCAUAUGUGUUCCAGUCUGUCGAUGCCGCUCUGCUGAGGAUUCUCCUACUUCAAGAUCAAGGAAAUCUAAAGGGACCAGCCACAGUUGGAUCGAUUAGAUCUGAACUCAAUGAGUUCGUAGACAAAGAAGUCGAGUGCUUGGAUCGAGCUGUCAUCUUGCUCGAGCAAUUCAAGCGUUUGUACUUGUUGAGUCGACUCUACCAGGGAAAUAGCAAGCCCUCUGAGAAGGCGGCCAAGGUACUUGGUACUUGGCGGCGCAUUCUAGAUGGGGAAGAGGAUGAAGGUGGGGAAUUCCUCGAUGGUGAGCAUGGGUUACGGAAGUACCUGACCCAAGUUCGCGACCAGUCCACCGUGGAGGAAUACGGUUCGUGGCUCGCCAAUCGCAACCCAAGGCUCGGCGUGCAGGUAUUUGCAGAUGACCGGAGUAAAGUCAAGUUCGACCCUACCCGCGCCGUAGCCGUUCUUCGAGAGAAGGCCCCGGGCGCCGUGAAAGAGUACCUAGAGUACUUGGUGUUCGAACGGAAGCAUACGCAACAUGUCAACGAGCUCAUUGCGUUCUAUCUUGAUACCGUCCUCGCUGAGCUUGAAGAGGUUCCUUCGUCGCGAGAAACACUGCUCCAAACCUACGAAACGUACCGCAUCCUGCUCUCCCCUAAGCCUACAUACCGUCAGUUCAUCACUGAUAACGCGAUCGACGCCGAGUGGUGGCGCGCGCGUUUACGCCUCCUCCAGUUGCUCGGAUCCAGCCAGCAGGCCACAUCCUCGUACGAUGUAUCAUCUGUCCUUUCCCGUCUACAACCCUACGAGCAGGAGCUUGUACCAGAAAUGAUAAUCCUGAAUGGCCGCCAAGGCCGACAUCCCCAAGCGCUACGCCUACUCACGCAUGGGCUGGGCGACUACGACACGGCGAUCUCAUACUGCCUGUACGGCGGUUCUUCCAUCUUCCGCCCUUCCGGCUCGGGCUACGUGCCUCAGUCCGAGCUUCCUACGAAAACCGAGCAGUCCCGCCUUUUCAACUACCUACUGCAGGAGUUCCUCCGUCUCGACGACCUCGCGCAGCGUAUAGAGCAAACUGGCGUACUGUUAGAGCGGUUUGGAGGGUGGUUUGACAUUGCGGAUGUGCUCGCUACCUUACCCGAUGAAUGGAGUGUGGAUGUCUUCUCGGGCUUUUUGAUACAGGCACUGAGGACGUUGGUAAGAGAAAAGGCAGAAAGUGGGAUUGUAAAGGCAUUGCAUGAUGCGCAGAAUAGUCAGAUGAGCGCAGAGCUGGUGGAGAAGAGAGAGGAUCUGGGGCCGAAUUUUGAGCGGGCUGCGUCGCGUAACCGUGAGACGAUCGACGUCUUCGUCACAUCCUCUUUCUUUGCACCGGAACUUGACAAGGCUCCUGAGCACGAUUGCGACAUCAGCAUGGCCGAAGAAGUUCCCAAGUACGAUGCUGAGCGGCAGGGCUCUUUGACGGGCGUCGCUGAGGGUCUUGCGAACGAAGACGAUGCCGCGGUUUUGGCAAGACUGGGCUACAAGCAAGAGCUGCGAAGGAACUUUGGCAUCAUUGAGGUCUUUGGCAUUGCCUUCUCAAUCAUGGGUCUGCUUCCUUCCAUAGCUUCGACGCUUGCAUACUCGCUGCCAGCCGGACCUGCUGGGCUUGUCUGGGGAUGGUUCACUGCUAGUGCCUUCAUCUUCGUCGUUGGCCUGGCAAUGGCGGAUCUUGGGAGUGCUAUGCCUACUUCUGGCGGACUUUACUGGUGGACACACUAUUUUGCUAGCCCAAGGACUCGCAACGCGUUAUCCUUCUUGGUCGGGUAUAGCAACACAUUGGGUCUCGUAGGCGGACUGUGCAGCAUCGACUACGGCUUCGCACUCAUGUUUGUCUCUGUCAUCGUCAUAGCCCGAGACGGCAAUUGGGAGCCUUCGAAUGGCAUUGUUUACGUAGUGUUCAUGUGCUGCGUGCUACUUCACGGUGUUCUUGCCUCUACUAUCUCCAAAGCGAUGGCGAAGUUACAGACUGUGUUUGUCAUAGCUAACUUCAUUCUCAUCACUGCAACUAUCAUUGCCCUCCCCAUCGGAAGAAGACACGAACGCAACGACGCGAAGUACAUCUUCGGUCACACCGACAACCUUAACUUCUUGGUCGCCCGGGUUCGCUUGGUUCCUUACAUGGCUCUCUCCCAUUUGGACAAUUGGAGGUUUUGA